AUGGUUAAGUUGGGUAAAGUAGAUUAGAGUAGGCCAGGGUUGGGUAAGGUAGGGUAAGGUAGAGUAGAGCAAGUAAAAAAAAGGAAGGUAAGACAACAGAGUGUGAAAGAGUAUUAUCGAAUAAGCACUACUAUCAAAUUUCAGAAAGAACUCCGUCGAAACUACGCCGACUUCACCACAAAACUCACUCAAAUUGUCAUGGGCCCAGUGUCGGCGGCCGAACUCACCCAAAAGUGCCAAAUGAACCCACGUACGGAUAAAACCCUACCAGUCAAUCUUCACACGUUCACUGCUCAAGCGAUCUCACUGAUCGGCGACGAAGGUCCCGUCAGUCUAGUUUAA